GCGAGAGCGGCUUCUCAGAGUAGCAGCUUGGAACCAUGCACGUCUGCCUGCGCCAAGCUUGGCUUCCCCGCUCGUUCCCCACUUCGGCGCCAGCUUUGGCCCUCGAGCUGCAGCCGGUGCCUCCCAGCCGCUCGCUUCCUCCCGCCUCCGGCGGCGAAGGGCGGUUCGGCCAGGCCUCGAAAGCCAUUUUUUCUGGGGCCCCCACGGGGACGAAUAGAGAGCGACCGAGAUGGGCCCUGAAGUGUCGCACGGCUUGUAGAAGUGGGUAGCUCGGUUGCAUAAGGUAAAAGCAACUUGGUAGUUUGCAAAAGCCACCUCUCGGCGCGAGCCGAAACGCAGAGCCCGCCGACUCGCACCCCACCGCCCGCGUUUAUUGCCAUCGACGCGCGCCUCCCCCACUGCGCCCCCACCCCCUAGGCGCGCCGCCGUCUCGCGCGCCCUCCCCCCAUGCCCCCCUCCUCACUCCCUCCAGAGGAGGUGAGUUUAAACCCCGCCCACGUGACCCCAGCUGGGCCAAUGAGCGGCGGCGGGAGGUGAAAUCCGGUUCUAACCGGUCCGGGGCUCCCAGCGCUAUAAAAACUUUAUAAACCCCCCGGAGCCCGAGCAGUGUGAAGAAGAAGAGGCGAGAACGACCCCUGGACCGACCAAAGCCCGCGCGCCGCUGCACCCCGCGUCCAGCGCCCACGUCCCGCCGCUGUCGCCACCAUGCCCAAGAGAAAGGCUGAAGGGGAUGCUAAAGGAGAUAAAGCCAAGGUGAAGGAUGAACCACAGAGAAGAUCCGCAAGGUUAUCAGCUAAACCAGCUCCUCCAAAGCCAGAGCCCAAGCCUAAAAAGGCCCCUGCAAAGAAGGGAGAGAAGGUACCCAAAGGGAAAAAGGGGAAGGCUGAUGCUGGCAAGGAUGGAAAUAACCCUGCAGAAAAUGGAGAUGCCAAAACAGACCAGGCACAGAAAGCUGAAGGUGCUGGAGAUGCCAAGUGAAGUGUGUGCAUUUUUGAUAACUGUGUACUUCUGGUGACUGUACAGUUUGAAAUACUAUUUUUUAUCAAGUUUUAUAAAAAUGCAGAAUUUUGUUUUACUUUUUUUUUUUUUUUUUAAAGCUAUGUUGUUAGCACACAGAACACUUCAUUGUUGUUUUGGGGGAAGGGCAUAAGUCACUAAUAGAUGGUCUCCAAAACUGGAUUGCCCUGGGGAAAAACAACUUUUCCUCACUAGUUUUGAGAGACUCCCUCUUGAUUUCCAAGAGGAGGGAUUCCUUGACUUGACACGGUAGCCACCCUGGCACCCAAUGCCUUGUGGUGGGGAAAAACUAAAAUGUGUUUCUGUGUCCUGUCUCCCUCUCCGCCUUCAGCAUAGACUUGACUCCCUUAACCCCAGAGAGACCUGUUGAGCCUGGACUCCCAAAAAGUGGUUACCAGGAUGUCAGGCCAUCUGGAUUUUGCAGUGCCCCAACUGAGACGGCAGCCCUCAAAAGAACGGUUCCUUUUUUAGAUUGUGGAUCUUCAGAUUGAUCAUUCUGCCAUUUUUCUUUCAUUUCUUGAAAGUCAGGGUCGGCUUGUGAAAAGUUGUUAAACAACAUACUAAAUGUGAAAUGUCAACCCUCACUCUAAACUUUCGCUGUUCAGAGCAUCAAAUGAAGAUGUCAUUGGGUUUUAUAGUGGCUUUCUGAUUUUGGUAGUCCAUUGAAGAAGGGAGUUUGAAAGUUAUUGUAUACUGUUAACGAUUGUCUGCCCAUGUCCUGCCUGAAAUACCAUGAUUGUUUAUGAAAAGUAUCUUUAAUAAAGCUGGAUACAGUUUG